AUGACGAGUGCGCAGUCGAUGGAGGAGGAGCUCCAGCAGAGCGUCAUGCUCUCCGAAGACGCUGAGUACGAGACGGCAGAUACGGCUGGCGAGGAUGUGUUUACGCCGGCAGCUACAAAGGAGAGGACCUUGAGCACAGUCUUUGCCCAGACAACCAUAAGGGGCGCUGACGGCAUGGAGGUGGACGAGGAUGACGACGACGACGACGAGCUGAGUGAUCGUGACGCUUCUGGAGAGGAGAUCGACGAGGAAAUGGAUCAGGAUGCGGAGGGGGAAGAUUAUACCGAGAUUGUGGAUCAGCAGAUUGUGGUCAGCAACGGCCGCCCUUUCCAAAUGAACGAUGACGAUGAAGAAGACGAAGACGAAGAAGACGAAGAUGCGGAUGGUGAGGAAGACGGUGAUGAAGGGGUUGGCGCCGUCAAGAUCAAGCCAGGGGAUACAGAUGAUGAGGACGAGGACGAUGAAGAUGCGGAGAGUGAUGUUUCAGAACCGCUCAGUAAUGCCGAGGACGAUUCUGACGAGGAGCCCGCUUGGGAAGAAGCUGGAGAGGUGGAAGAGGACGAGGACGAAUCAGAGACCGGCCCUUCAAACGUUUGCAUGUUUUGCAAACAAGAUGAAGAGAACGACCCGAGUGAGGAUUUCGAGGCAUUCCUGACGUGCUCCAGAUGUAACGAAAAUGCUCACCAGCAAUGCGCACGAGAUGCGGCGGCGAUGAGCGAACAGAACACUGCAAAACGUUGGAAAUGUCCAGAGUGCGAUAAUAGCGACUCUGACCAGGAGGAGGAGGAGCCCGAAGAACAGGGGAGAGAGGCCAGCGUUGACGACGAAACUAGGCCUGAGUCGCAGCUCUCUGACGCCCCUCCCGACCUCUCCCCUAGACAUCACAUGCAAGAUGGCGCAGAGGCAGAAGCCAGCCUCAACGACCCCGCAGCCCAUGCAGAAGCCUCGGACGAGCCUCGUCUACUGCGGAAGAGAAAGACUUCGUCUGCUGAACCUGAAGAAGCUACAAUUGCCCUGCGGAGACGCCGGCGGGGUCUCUCAACGGACGCCGCAUCGGGUAACGAAGAUACUGAUAGCAAAUCAGCGGAGCAAACGAGAGGGAGCUCCCGUGCGGUUCGGCUAAAAGUUGCUCGCCCCUCUCUCGUCGUCAUCGAAAGGAAGUCUCGAGUGUCCCUUGUCGUGACGAUGCGCGUGCGGCCGGGGAACCUCAAAGAGAUACUUUCACGCAGACGAAGAGAACGGAGGCGUUCAGGAGCAAGCACGCGGCCGCCACGGACUCCAGUCGCACCAUCAGCUGUGCGCCCCAACUCUGCAGCCGUUACGGCACCGCUUGCCGCACUCCCGACGCCGUUCACCACUGAUUUCUAUUCAACACCUUUCUACUCCUUGUUUGAUAAGGAAACCGAAGAUAUGAAGGGCAAGCCCUACGGCGGUAUCUUGACAGAACCGGAAGCAGACACGUCAAAGACGCUGCCGCAGCCUGACGAUCGGAGACGAUUUGACCAAGCUAAGCAGCGUGCAGAAGAUGAAUGGAGAGCACGUGUGCUGGCAAUGCAGGCAGAAGUGGACAUGCCUAUUCGCAAGUCCAAGAAGUCGAGCGAUAAUGCCAGCCAGAUAGAGUGCAUCGAGUUUGGCGGCUGGGAGAUUGAUACGUGGUACGCAGCACCAUAUCCAGCCGAGUACAGCAGGAACCGCGUGCUGUACAUAUGCGAGUUCUGCCUAAAGUACAUGAACUCAGACUACGUGGCGUGGCGCCAUAAGCUCAAAUGCGCUGCAAAGCAUCCUCCGGGUGACGAGAUUUAUCGACAUGGAUCGGUGUCAGUAUUUGAAGUUGAUGGCCGCAAGAACCCAGUCUACUGCCAAAAUCUGUGUCUUUUGGCAAAGCUUUUCCUAGGAUCCAAGACAUUGUAUUACGACGUGGAACCGUUCUUGUUUUACGUCUUGUGUGAGUACGAUGACUGCGGCUACCAUUUCGUCGGCUACUUCUCCAAAGAGAAGCGCGCAAGCAGCCAAAACAACGUCUCAUGCAUUUUAACAUUGCCCAUCCACCAGAGGAAGGGAUACGGCAACCUACUCAUUGAUUUCUCAUAUCUCCUUACUAAAGUUGAGGAGAAGACGGGGUCUCCGGAGAAGCCGCUCUCUGAUAUGGGUCUUGUCUCCUAUAGAAAUUACUGGCGCCUGCGACUCUGCCGAUACUUCAUCGAGACAUUAAAGGACGGCCAGCACAAGCAAAACGGCCUGAGUAUUAGGCAAAUAUCAGAUGACACGGGCAUGACGCCAGACGACGUGAUUGCCGCUUUGGAAGGCCUUCGAGCGUUGGUACGAGAUCCGCAGACAAAAGUGUAUGCCUUCCGGAUCGAUUUAGAGUACUGCCGACAGUACGUGGCCAAAUGGGAAUCAAAGGGCUAUGUGCAGCUCAAGCCCGAGGCUCUUGCGUGGACGCCGUAUGUGAUGGGCCGGAGCAAUGCUGUCAACUUUGAGCUUGGCCCGCCUAUCAAUACGAUUGCCCCUCGGGAAGACGAUGAGGCUAAGCUUGAAGAGGGCGCAAACGGCAUAUCGGGAGAAAACCAUUCGAUGAUGAUGAAUGGUGAAAUGAACGACGGGUCUCAGUCGAGAAUUGGUUCUGCGUCAGAGACGGGCGAUUCAAGCAAUAGCAACCCCGGCUUUACACCAAUCAUGUCGAUCGAGGAGAAGAUGGCGCCUGAAGAUAAAGAAAACGCAGAACCGCAAGACGAAGCCAUGGAUGACGUGGAUUCAGAACCAGAUUGGAUGACGCCCUAUCGCGACAUACCACCACAUCGCUUUGAGGUUUUCCCGCCUGUAGCCGGUGGCCGCCGCGCCGACCGCUCGCGACAGAGCGUGAGCAGACCAUUGGUACCUCGCAGCUCCGGCGGCGGCAGCAGCUCUCGACCACGGCCAAAAAGGGCCGGGGGGAGCAGCCGGCGACCUACUGCCAGUCGCCCUAGAACCAGCGGAUCCAGGAGAAGGACCGGCGGCACUGGCCGUGGUCCUGGCAGGUGGCCUAAGGGGACGAAGAAGUCGGACUACGGCAAUGCAGACAGCGGCCCGGGACUACCACCCGGAUGGAGAGACAGAGCAGCUCUUGGAGCAGACUUGGUUACAGACGGCGAUCACAGUGUUUCAACAUCUUUGGGCGACGAAGAGCCUGCCAAGGACGAAGUUAGAGUCAUGACUCCUCAGCCUUCAAGCAACGGAUUUGUGGUGAGCGUCGUACAGCUGGGCGGCCAAGCGGCGGCGGCAUCCAGCCAAGGGAUCAACGGGAGAGACGAAGAGGAAGAAGAAUUGGAUGUGGAUGCUGAGGGCGAAGACGAAUAG